AUGCAGCUAUGUCAGACGCUCGUUGAGACCUAUCGAUGGGUUGAGCGACAGCUUUCGCAAGGAAAGCAAAACCCUGCCGGCGCUGUGAUCCUCCAGGGGACCGACGACAAAUACUUUUCUACAGGUUUGGAUCUUGAUGAAAGGGAAAAGAACCCAUUUGCCAGUACGGAUGGAUUUUACCCACUUUUGCGCACGAUUCUUGACUUUCCCUUUCCAACAAUUUGCCUCAUCAAUGGGCACGCUUUUGGAGGGUCCGCGGUGCUUAGUCUAGCCCACGACUACCGAAUCAUGAAUUCACAACGCGGGUUCUGGUCGAUGCCGCCUGUUAAUCUGGGUCUUCAUUUCGACGGGAUGGGGUCCUUACUUCGGGCCAAGCUCAGGCCUGAAGUGGCUCGGAGGGUGCUAUCGGAAGCGCACAAAUUUACUGGAAAGGAGGCGUUCGAGAAUGGUAUUGUCGAUGCCAUCGCAACGCCAGGGGAAAUGCGCUCUUGUGCCUUAGCGUUGGCAGAAAGUGUCAAAGACAAGGCCAGGAUGGGUGUAUAUGCGCUGCUGAGAUCUGAGCUAUAUGGGGAUGCACUCCGUUCCUUCCAAGGGAUCAGCCAUGUUCAUAGUCGAGAAGUAUCUAGACAGCCAAGGAUGAAGCUAUAG